UGACAUCACCGGCGAUAUUGCUGUCGCCCAGUCUGCCAUUUCUUCUCCUUCUCAUCAUCUUCAGCCCACUUUCCUCAAUACUGUGCAUUGUUUUUUCAGCGACCGUCAUCGGGUAUUAAUUGCUUCUCAUCUUCAUCACGUCCAAACAUGGAGCCGGUGCAUCAUAUAUCAACCUCUCCGAAGGUCUUGUUCAAUAAGGUGCGGAAGAUUGUGCCGCCUCUGUUGGAAAAGUUCCAUAAAGGACAACAUGGGCGUGUUGCUGUCAUCGGAGGUUCUGCGGACUUUACGGGGGCUCCCUACUUUUCUUCUAUGGCAUCGGCAAAACUAGGGUGCGAUAUGAGCCAUGUCAUUUGCGAGCGAUCUGCAGCUACUGUUGUGAAAACCUAUUCUCCAAAUCUGAUGGUCCAUCCCUUACUGCCUAGUAGCGAGACGGUGGGGAACCCCAAUUCCAUCGAUGCGCCGGCCCUUGCCAGUCCCAUCAUCUCCAUGCUUUCGCGCCUCCACGCCUUGGUCAUAGGCCCGGGAUUGGGUCGUGACGGCGUGACGCUCAAGGUGGUCGCCGAGGUGAUGAGAGAAGCCCGGUCUCGAUCAAUUCCCUUUGUCUUGGACGCCGACGGCCUGCUGUUGGUGACGGAUGAUCCGGAUCUGGUGAAGGGGUAUAAAGAAUGUAUCCUGACACCGAACGUGAACGAAUUCAGCCGCCUGGCCAAGGCCUUGGGGAUCGAUGUACCCAGUCUGGCCCAGGUCGCCUCGGAAUCUAGUGGCGAUGACCGCACCAGGCGAGAAACAGAAGCCUGUGAGAAGCUCUCUAAGGCGCUGGGUGGCGUGACGGUCAUCCAAAAGGGUCCGCACGACGUGAUCUCCAACGGAAUCACCAGCAUCAUCAACGACAUUACGGGUGGCCUGAAGCGUAGCGGGGGCCAGGGCGACACGCUCACCGGAUCAUUGGGCACCCUUCUCGCCUGGCGAGCGGCUUAUCAUAACGGGCUGUGGGACUCCGGUGAGAAGGAUAAUCCCAAGGAGGCGCAGAGUCCGCAGGAUAUUCAGACAGAACUGGAAUCGGAGGACCGACGCAUGUCGCCCGCCACGACACUUCUGCUGGCUGCCUGGACAGGCAGUGCCAUUACGCGAGACUGCUCUCGGCGUGCCUUCAAGGCCAAAGGACGGAGUAUGCAAGCGAGUGAUCUGACAGAGGAAGUCCACGAGAGCUUUUUGGCGUUAGUCGGUGAGCCCGAAGGGUCGAAAGUACAUCUGUAGACAUUUUUUAUGACCAGUGAUAGUGGCUGGCUGGAAUCGAUCAUGUCUUUCGGAUUUGGAUAUUAUAGGUACGACCUUGCCUACAGACAUCACGAACGCUGUUUCGGGUA